AUGUGCGUAUCGAUCUGUGGGCCCAGUGACACGCACAGACUCCCUCUUGAGGUGGCACUACUAGAGCUCGUGUGCAAGCCACCUCACUGUCCACAUGUGAUAAAGCUGCUGGAAUGGUUCGAGACGCCCAAAGCCUUCAUCUUGGUCCUAGAGCAGCCUGAACCCUGCGUUGAUCUCUUCCAGUUCUGUAAAGAUGUGAAAAUGUCUGAAAAUACAGCUCAAAUUAUUAUGCAGCAAAUUGUCAACGCUGCACGUCAUUGCCGUGACCGAGGUGUGAUCCAUCGUGACAUCAAGGAAGGAAACAUUCUCAUCAACCCUCAGACGCUUGAAGUGAAGCUGAUCAAUUUUGGCUGUGGUGAUCUGCUUAAGGACACGCCCUACACGGAAUAUGCAGGCUCCCAGAAGUUCCAACCACCUGAAUGGAUCGUUGCAAAAAAGUAUGAGGCGGAACCGGGUAUACUCCUGUACAGCCUAUUAUUUGGAGAAAAACCUUUUAAUGGACCACAAGAGAUUGUUGAUGGCCACCUGAACUUCCCUGAUGAUCUGUCUGAAGCUUCCUGCAGUCUGAUAGGAUGGUGCCUGCAACGAAACCCUAAAAGACGACCAACGCUGGAGCAGAUCCUCGCACAUCACUGGUUCUGA